UUUUUCAGAAGUUCAGCAAAUAGUAUCCUGAGAUUGAAAAUACCAAAAAUUCCAAAGCUCGACCCUAACACAGUUUGUAAAACGUAUCCUGAUUUGUCGGAAGCUCAAUACGAUUUGUGUCGUAAAUACCCGGAUGUGACGGCGUCUGCUAUUCAAGGAGUUCAAGUCGCCAUUCACGAAUGUCAGUUUCAGCUAGCUGAAUACCGCUGGAAUUGUUCAUCGUUAGAGAGAAAGAAUAAAAAUCCGCAUUCUAGUCCAUUGCUUUCAAAAGGU